GAGAAGCGUCCUCAGUUGCCAUGGAAACGGGACCCAGUGAAGAACCUAGCGGCCAAAAGGAGUCCCAGGAAAUUUGCUCCCCGGGAUUACUGGUAUUUGCCGGCUCCUCAGAACAAGAUGCCAACUUGGCUAAGCAGUUCUGGAUCUCGGCGUCAAUGUAUCCCCCUAGCGAAUCUCAGCUGAUGCUGCGCAGAGACAGCAGUCAGCGUCUGCCGGUGGCCCGGCCCACGAGGAGCAGAGGGUCUGAGAAAGGUCACUCCUCACAAUCUUUUCACCUUGCUAAUGACAAAAACAGAGACAUCUUUGCUGAAGCCCUAAAGAUUCAGGAAUCUGAGGAGAAAGUAAAGUAUCUCCAAAAGCAGGCUAAAACAAGAGAAGAGAUUCUCCAACUCUUAAGAAAACAAAGAGAAGAAAGGAUCUCGAAAGAACUGAUUUCCCUUCCUUACAAACCAAAAGCCAAAGAACACAAAGCAAAGAAACUGGUAUCAGAGUCAGAUAAAAAGGACCAAGAAGAAGUCAAAGCCUUGGAAUAAUUUGCUUGAUACAUGGCAGAGGAUGGCUCACUCACACCUUCACUUUGGAAAUAACCUUCUCUUAGGAUCAUUAAGAUCACUGGCCACAUUAUAGAAGACAAAGAAAUACAAGUUAAGUAUGCAGAUUUCUAGGAAUUUUACCAGUUAUUGAAUACUUGUGUUAAAAUAAACUAAGAAAUAAAAGUUAAAUAUGCAGACUUCUA